UCUUCAAAUCCCAUAUUCCCGCCUUUUUUUGCCAUCCUUCACUUUCCAUCUUCUUACUCUCGUUCUCUCGCAAAAUCCAAACGCGUGCGUUUCUGGAGAUUCCGGCGACGGUGAACUAGAAGCCGUUGAAUCUCCGAUCAGAAACGAAAAUGAAGAUCAACAAAGCCUGCGAUCUCUCCUCCAUCUCCGUCUUUCCUCCUCCUCUUCUUCAUUCAAGGAAAGCGAACAACGUAUCAAGUGGAUUGCAAGUUUCUCACUCUCAGCAUCGCACGCAACCAUCGCAGCAAUCGUUUUCUCAGGGACUUUCAUCUCAGCACGGAUUGCUGUCUCAUUUAUCUCAAAACUCUCUCGAUGAGGCCGUCACUAAUGAUCUGAGAGUUGGUUCUCAAGAACAAGAGAACUCUUUGAGGAGGCUUUCUAGCUUGCCCCGACCUACAUACUCACGGGAAGAGAGUCACCCCCUUAACUCGAGAUCUUCGUCCAAUCUAAUGCUCAAAUGGAACUCUGCAGAUCAUAAAGGUCAGUUAAGUGAAGGACUUGAACACCGAAUAGGCAUAAUGGAAACUUCAUUGAGCAGGUUUGCGAUGAUCUUGGAUUCUGUUCAAAGUGACGUUAUGCAAGUAAACAAAGGAACAAAAGAAAUUAUUUUGGAGGUGGAAUGCAUAAGGCAGAAGUUGAUUGCUCAGGAUAACUCAUUUCAGUUAAUGACUAAAGGACAAGAAGAAUUUAAAGCAAUGAUUGAUGGGAACUUGAAAUCUUUAUCUGAACAAAUGAGCCAUGUUUCAAAGAAAGAGAAGCUACAGGAUGUAUAUUUGGCGGUUUCUUCGUUGCCUCAGCUAAUUGAAGCCUCUAUGCAAAAUGUAAAAAAUGAUCUCUGUAACAUCACCAAGGAAAUGCAGGGAAUUUCUUGCAACCUUAAAAGCUUCAACCAAAAGGAUGUGGCGCCGCCGUCUUCGUCCUCAAAGCAUUUGUUACGUAGUGUGACCAAGGACAGAGUAUUUUUCUUUGACUUCAGUGAGGCGAAUACUAGUUUACAAGCUGCUGUAGCUCCAGAGGUAGAAAUGGGCGGCUGGAAGUCAGUAAAAAAGGAACGAGUCACUUUUUUAGAUAAAGCAUCUGAGAAGGUGCAAAAGAAAAAAGAGCCAGAAACUGAGAAGUGUAUAAAGGGAGGUAUAGACUGUGCUAUUGUCAUUGAAUCCGACGAGGAGACUGAAGUGGGAUUUUCCUGCUUGGUCAAAGAAAAUGCAGGCGAAGACCUAUUUGGCAAAUUGACCAAGGAAGAAGAGGAAGAAACUGAGCGAAUUUUGCGGAAAGCAAGGAGGCGUAAGAGGAAAAGUAUUGUAAUACUAUAA